CAACCAGCUGGAGACGCUGCCGGGGGACGUGUUCGCGGCCCUGCCCCAGCUGUCUCUGGUCGCGCUGGGCCACAACCCCUGGCUCUGCGACUGUGGCCUGUGGCCCUUUCUCCAGUGGUUGCGGCAUCACCAGGAUCUCCUGGGCCCGGACGAGCCCCCGCAGUGCCGUGGCCCGGGGCCACGCGCCGGCCUGUCGUUCUGGGAGCUGCUGCAGGGUGACCCGUGGUGCCCGCACCCUCGCGGUCUGCCUCUCGAUCCUCCAACCGAGAACGCUCUGGAUGUCCCGGUCCCUUCCCAGCUGCCUGACAACUUGCAGUCCCCGGCGUGGGUCCAGCUACUGGCCAGGGGUGAAAGUCGCGAUCACAGCUUCUACUGGGGUCUUUACGUUCUGCUUUUAGUAGCUCAGGCGGUCGUGGCCGGCAUCAUCGUGUAUGCCAUGAUUAAAAUCGCCCAGCUGUUUCGAACAUUAAUCAGAGAGAAGCUGUUGUUGGAGCAAUGGGAAAAGCGUGUAACUAAUUAAAAUGGGACUUGAGCACUGUGAACGGUGGGGCCCUCCCGCAAUGAGAAUCCAGUUAGGAUGCGGCUCCCUUCUUCCAUUUCCCUCGCCUUUUCUCCCCUUCCUUGUUCUCCCAGUUCAUCCUCUCAGUGUCCCUCAGAAGUCCCUUUCAUAAAUCGCUAGUGCUUGCUAGCCUGGCCUGAGUGGGUGGGUUUCCUCCUCUGUGGUUAGCUUCUGGGGAGAAAGGGAAGGACACUUGGCUUGUCUUUGGCUCAUCCAGUCCCUACCGUGCAGCGUGCUGGGUGCCUAGUGGAGAGAGGAGCUUUCUCUGUGUCUGAGUUUGAGGACACUCCUGCCGGCUGGGCAGGGCUUCUCCUGCACCCAGCAAGGGUUGGGUAAAUUGGCUGAAGGAACACUAUCAUAAAACGAACCCUAGACCCCAGAGGUCAUGCCUCUUCCCAGGAGAAAUCUGCAGUGUUCUUGUCCUUUUCUACUUGAAAGGCCAAUUUCGUGUCCCUGUUCUUUUAUGUUCUCUUUUUGAGUCCGCUCUGCCGGCUGUUUUGGGAGGGUGCGAUCCAGAGAUGAAUUUCAGGGCGAGCCUCCUCUGUGAUAGGCUGAGCUGGGACACACAGGAGAUCCCAUCCCCACCCCGGUCACAGCAGCCCCUUUCCGGCACCCACUCCUGACCUGACUAGGAUGGCUGUUGUCCCAGGAGCCGGGUAUGGGAGCUCCUAUAUGUUAUACUCAGCUCAUCACAUAGGGGCUUGCUUUGAAACAGAGGCUCCCCAGGAACCAGAGGCUGGCUGAGGGGGUUCCGGAAACUCAUUGCCAUGUGCUGGGAAGCAUGGGGAGCUGCUCAGUGUGUCCAUUGGCCUCCAGGGAGUUUCCACUGCUUUGCACAGGCAAAAUAGGGCAUUUUGGUUCUUAUUUCCUAGAGCUAGAUGCCACCUCAUUUCACAAGCAUUUAUGGAGCUGUGACGAUGUGACAGCUGCUCAUGAACGUAAUGAUAGCUUGGAUUCCAGUGGACUGUGCUUGUUUCACAUUCUCAUUUAUCCUUCCAAUUGAAAGCAAUUAAACCCUUGUUGCAUUAAUUGGCUGUCUGUGCUUGUGAGAGGCAGUGGUUAAACAUAUGUGCUGGGAGCUGACAGGUGAGGGUGCAGUCUUGGUGUCCCAAUCAACUAGCCCCUGGGGACUCUGCACACACAUUCUGAAGGCCUGGGUUUCCUCAUCCUUGAAAGAGGACAAACCAGUAUCUGCCUCCUAGGGUUGCUGUGAGAAUCAGAGGCAGUGAAACACACACAGACUUCACCCAGUGCCCUGCAUACAGAAACUGCCCAGUGGAUGAUAGCCAUCACUGAAGAGCCUGUGGCUACAUCCUCACCCCCAGCACACACACACCCCUCAUAUUUUUGCGACACUGUCUCAGGAUGCAGCCCAGGCAGGUCUUGAACUUGAGAUUCUCCUGUCUUAUCCUCCCAGGCUCUUGGGAUUAUAGGCUUGGGUCACCGCACUCAGCUGGCAUCAUGAUUUCUAGAAAAGAACUUCAAGACAUUUCAACCCCCUCCGUGUAUAAAGGAACAAGCUUUCUUGAACUGGAGGUUGUACCCAGACCAGCUCUAUCUGUCUCCAGGCGGCCUUGGUCCUGCUUGCUCUCGGGCCACAGCUGAGGAUCCUUCCCACGCCGUGAGGAGGAAGAGCUGGGUCCUGCACACUGCCCUCAGUCUGAUCCUGAACGUGAUUUCAGAGUAUCUGUUUAGUUAGCCUCUUGCACUCGUUGGACAGUUUUUGUUUUGUCUAUUUCAAAAAUUUGGAGUCACCUGUAGCUCAAAAUCCAGGUGUUUUUGUUUGGUUGCUUUUGUUGCUGUUGUUGUUUUCUUUUUGUGAAAUUCAGACAGAGUUCUAACCAACUCUUUUCUGAGGCAGGCUUCCUAGCACAAAGCCUGUUUUGCUCAACUACGAUGAUAGUUACCGUUGUCCCUACCAGAGCUUCAGGGAACAAAUGAGGACAUCCCUGCCGGUCCUUGUGGCAAAAUGGCAGCUGUUUUCAUCAGCUAUUCUGGAACCCACUGUGUUCUGAUGCUUCUCACUGUCUCUUCACGGGUUUCGUCAUUAGACAAAUUGAUUGCCAAGUGCUCUAGUAAGUAGAGAGUCAGCGACAUGAGUAAAAAAGAAAACAAACAAACAGACCAAAAAUGCCCACCUUUAUGGCAUUACAUCCUGGGGUCCCACUAGCCGUGAUGUUGCUCUGAAACUCCAGGACACUCAGAAACAUUUAGAAAAGUGUAGAGGAUGCUUCAGAUACCUCACCAGCUUCAUGAAAUGUUCGUGCUUUGCUCUAUUCGAUUUAAUUUUUAAACAGUGUCAGAAACAACAGAGUAUUGGAAACACCUUAUCCCUUUUCCUCUUUAUCAAGCAAUAAAACUACGCAGUAAAUGUGUUUUGCUCCUUAUAUGCGUAUAAGCAACAGCACAUUUUCUAUUUUUACCUUAGCAACGCUCACCUGAAUGCGGUAGUCCUUGGCUUUUCCUGAACAAAAAAUACAUUGAGAUUUACCAGUAUGAGUAUUUGGCUCUAGGACACCUGAUGUUUAUAUAAUACUCUAUUGAGUGAAUAUAUUACAAUUUACCACUUUCUGUUUGUUUGGUUGGCUUGUUUUUUGCUUUGAGACAGGGUCUCCCUGCAUUGUUCUGGCUGUCCUGCAACUCACUAUAUAGAUCAGGCUAUCCUCCAACUUUGAGAGGUCCGCCUGUUUCCCCAGGAUGGGGAUUAAAGGCAUGUAUACCAACUCACCUGUUCCUUCA